CUUUAACUAUUUCAAGGUUGCUGAUCAUGUGUAACUGAGAAUGAAUUUUGGCAAUUUACAAUGCUUUGUGGGCAAAGGUGGUAUGAAUUCAGCCAUCAGUGCAACUAUCAAAGACGAAGAGUGUAAAAUUGAACAGCAACUACGACAACAACAACAAGCACAUCACCACCAACAACAGCAACAGCAAGCUCAAGAGCAACAACAACAACAGCAGCAAUUGUUCAGACCAAAUCCCGCAUAUAAUUUUGGACCAUGGGAUUGGAAUGCUAUGAAUAAUAAUAAUAACAACAAUAGCAAUAAUAAUAAUAACAAUAAUAGUACCAUGAAUAGUAUUAUUACUAAUGGAAGUCAACAACAAUUGUCUAGACCAUUUUUUCCUGAUAAUGAUGUUAUGAAAAUGAUUAAUUUUAUAAAACAAGAGAAUUAUGGACCUGCAAUGAUUAAUCAUGCUAAUUUCAAUCAUGACAAUAAUAAUAAUAACAAUAAUAAUAGCAACAGUAUUAAUAAUAAAAUGAAUUUAAUGCGUGAUGCUCCACCCCCAUUGGAUAAAUUAAUCGAAAUGGGUUAUCCAGGCCAGCAUUACCCUUACACACUGGAUCAAUUGCAUUCACAAUUUCAAUUUAAUCAAAACAGAUGUCCACCUACAACAACAGCAUUAUAUAAAGAUCCCAGUAUACACAGUGAAGAGAAUCACAUCUACUCUGAGGUUAAUAACAGCGGCAGUAACAAUAGCAACAACAGCAAUAAUAAUAAUAAUGGCACUAAACCUGAAAUCCAAGAAGAUCAGUCGCCGCUAGAUAAGAGCACGUGUAAAGGCGAAAAAUUCGCUUGUGAUCAUUGUGAGAAGAAAUUCAAAACAAAAUCAUAUUUAAGUGAACAUAUAAAAGUUAUUCAUGAAGGCAUUUUAAUCCAAUGUGAUGAAUGUGGUAGUGGUUUCAAGUCAACUAGUUCGCUUAAAAAUCAUAUUAAUCUAGUACAUAAAGGUCUAGGAUUUCAAUGUCAUUAUUGUAACAAGGUGUUUACACAAAGGCAUACCCUGAUCAUACAUGAAGAAUGCGUUCAUAAAGGUAUAAAAAUAUCUUGUGAUCAUUGUAAUAAGAAAUUUGCAUCAAGAUGGUAUUUAAAAGAGCAUAUUACAAUUGUUCACGAAGGUAAUUUAUUAAAAUGUGAAUUAUGUGGUCGAUCAUUCAAUUCUCAUUGUGCUCUACGUUAUCAUUCAAAUAUUGUGCAUAAAGAUCAUAAAUUCCAAUGUCCACAUUGUCCUAAAACAUUUCGAUUGAAAAGAUACUUGGAAGGUCAUGUGAAACGAGUACAUGCAAGCUUAGGAAAAGGUAAUCCUCAACCACCACCUGGUUGACCGAUGCAUGCAUUGUGUUGUUCUAAAUGGCGCGUACAACACACCAACAAACACACACUCACUUGUAGACAAUCUCAGAUUGAUUGGUGACCAUUGGCUGCACACUCACUCGCUCACACACACACACACACACAAAGAAAACACAUGAAAUUUUUAUAGUCCUUUUACAUUUAUCAUUAAAAAUUAUGAAUGUUACUGACGAAACGUAUAAUUUUUGGGGUCGAAAGCAGAAGAAGAAUCAUUUGUUUACUCCUUCCUUCCGUCCUUCCAGCUCUGCUCUAAACAAAGUCUUUUAAUCAUUGUGUAUUAAUUUUAUCAUUGCCAUUACUACUACUACUACUACUAAUACCAUACCACUAUUACUAUUAUCUUUUUGUAUGUAUGUAUUUGUGUGUGGGCGAGUGUUGAAUCAUGUUUUAUAUGCAGACAGCCACUGACCUUGAAAUUCUUCUCAAUUUAAACAAAAAAUGGCGCGCGCGCGCACGUACGCACUUAAUGAAUCAAUAAAGAAAGAUCUUUUAUGUAAAUAGAAGCAAAACAAACCUACUUAUGUGUGCGUGUGUAUAUGUUAUGCUUCAAAACUCUUUCCUCUCUUUUUUGUACUCUACUAUACUACACUAUUUAACUUAAUUUAUAUUAAAUUAAUCAAUUAUUUAUUUUAUAAUGAAUAUAUACAAUACUUAUAACACUUGUUAAA